CGCCAGAAUCCGCGCAAGAUGGAGGCAGCAGAUCUACUUCCGCUGCUCGAGCAGCUGGACGAUAACAUUGACGAUCUUGAAGAGGCGUUGAAGCCCAUCCUGGAGAGCUCCGUGGUGGCGACAUCCAAGAAGCUCCCGGUCUUGGAUAAGGCGAAAUUUCACGUCUUGGUGACCUAUGCCUUGGAGUCGUUGAUUUUCUCGUAUCUGCGUCUCCAUGGCGUGAAUGCUAAAGAACAUGCCGUGUUUAGAGAAUUAACUAGAGUCAAGCAAUACUUUGCGAAGAUCACGGCGCUCGAAACCGAGCCGGAAAAGCGUACUCUAACUCUGGAUAAGCAGGCUGCCAGUCGCUUCAUCAAGCAUGGUCUUGCUGGAAAUGACAAGCUCGAUCUGGAGCGCAAGGAGCAGGAGGCAAAGGAGAGAGCGCGCGCACAGUUAAAGGCGUCGCUACUGGCUAAGAAAACAGAAUCCGCCCAGAAAUCCAGCAACUCCGAUUCCGAGGCCGGAUCCAACGAUGAGAGCGCGAAGCCCGCCAAGCCUGCUGGCAAGUCUGGUGAGGAUAAGAAGAAGGAGAAGCGCAGGGACAAACAGAAGAAGAAGAUCAGCAAGGAGGAGCACAAGGAGGGAAAAAAGGAACGCCGCAAGAAGAAAGAUGAAAUGCGCAAGGCGAAGAAGUUGAAAUGAGGGCUGCGGACAGGUGCUGUCGUUGACCGGCUGGCCGGUCUGAAUGCGGCGUGCAGUACUGGAUCUCGCAAUUGAUGCUGUGUGAUUCCGUGGCUGCCGAUUGCCGAUUGCCGAUUUUCUACUGCACGACAGUUUAAAGAUGCGCCGCGCAUACAUGGAAUGAUUGAUACCCAUCACGGAAAUGGCCUGAAAUCCAAGGAACGACGGACAGUGACCCAGGCACCGCACAGGCCCGGUAGGUACCGGAGUCUUCCAUGGCAUACUAAGGACGAGUCAUUUGACCACGAGUAGUGCCAACGAACAACCUCCGUAUGACGGAGAAUGUGUUCGCUCAGCCCUGUGGAUCGAUGCCGUGAGUCAUUGCGCCGGAGUUAAGAGUACAUCACACACAUAGCAUCACUAAAUACCGAGACUUUGAGCAAUCCAAGUAGUACUAGCCAUGUACAGAC